AGUUCAGCAUCUUGUUCACAAUUCUGCAACUCUUUUUCUUGCUCCUCUUCCUUCAACGCAUUUUAGUAACAUUCCAUCAUUCCAUAAUUGUCCUUCCAGAGGCUCACCAUGCCAAGAUUGCAAUUUUUCUGUCUGUCAAUCUGGGUACCUUUCUUUCGCUGGCAAUGAACCGUCAGCCCACAAUGGAUCUCUGGCAAACAUUCCAUUUGUUUGCAGCCAAAGGUCUGGCUUCAAUGUCAACUUUGGAACAAUGAAGGAGAUCCCACCAGCAGAUUUAAAGACUGUUGCAUCAUCAAGUGCUAUACUGCAACGUUCUAAUGCAUUUCAUUUUGACCUUCCUUCUGAACCUUCCCUUUCUGAAGGAAAAGACACUGGAAGUUCAUUUGAUGAUAAUUCCCCUGAAGAAGGCAGCUAUCUUGUUGAUAAUACCAGACCAGUAUUCACAGUUGGAGGAAGCAAAGAAGUAAUUACGAAGGGCUUCAAAAUGUCUGAGAGAGAUUCAGAUCGUUUUUUACAAGAUAUUCCGAAGACUACGUUUUUAUCUAAUGGAAAUGAUCAACUUGAAAGUUUUAAAAGUAUGAAGUCUGCUAGUGUUCCUGAUAAUGCAAAACAGUUUAUUGGUUACUCUGGAAAUAAUUACACGUUUGAAGAAUGUACAGAAAUAUCAAAGAAAUAUGCUGAUUCAAGUUCUAAAAUUAAAAAAGUUAAGGAAUCAUAAUAAUAUAACUGGUAUGAAGGAAUUUAUAAUUAUAUGUGAUUUAAAUAUUUCGGUAAUGUUUCAUAUUUUAGCAUUGUGAAUUUUUUAACUGUGAUGACAAAAUAGCUAUUUUUUGCUGCGUGUAUUUCAUAAAAACAGUGUGAAAAGUACUCUUUUAUGUUCUUCACUAAUAUUAAGCACAAUAAAUGCUGCACUUCUAUGCAACUAUAAAUAAAGUGAUUCUACCUUUAAAAUUAUGACUAUUUUAGCUGUAUAAACCUUAUCGAUAUUGAAUAACUUCGAAGUUUGGAUGUGAUUAGCUUUUUAAAAAUUUUCAUUAAAGUUUUAUUUCCAUAAUGUUUUUAACCAUUUUAAGUGAGAAAAGAAUAAAAUGGUUUUUAAAUAUUAUUGAAAUUAAUAUGAAGGUGAAUACGAAAGUAGUAAAAUAGCUGUUGUAUUGCUUUGUUACAUCUAAUUUCUUGCACUUUCUAAUAUUAUUUACAAUACACAAUAAAAUUAACAUAUGAUUUCAUUUUAAAAUUACUAAGAAUUUAAGGGAACGGAUACAUCAGUUUGUUUUCUUGUUCUAUGACUAUUUUUUCUUUCUUUUCUGCAUUUCUCAAAUAAGUAACUAUUUUAUCAUAAUGCCACCAAUAGUAUGCUUCUGUUUUGUGCUUCAAAUCCAAAUGCUUUUGAAUUUUUGUUUUAAAAGAGCUUUAAUAGGAUCUUGCAUAAAAACUAUAAUUAUAAUGUAGAAAAUAUCUUGAUAAAAGUAUUGUACAUUAUUCUCUCUUAUGAGUUUAGAAAGAAAGUUACAAUACUUUUAUCAAGUUUAGAAAAUAACUUGAUAAAAGUAUUGUACAUUAUUCAUUUUUCAUUUUGGAGCGACAUAAUAUUAAGUAAUUUAUUUAUCAAACCUAUCAGGACUCCAAAUUUAAAUCGUACUUCCAAAAAGUACUUUUUUAAAAAUAAUAUUUAAUUGCAGAUCCUAAUAAAACUGCUGUUAUAGAAUAUUCAGGUGUUUGCAUGCAUUUUCAUAUCAUAUUGAUGAAUAUGAAACGGUUACAUUCCAUCUUUCCAGUGUUUUACUGCUUGUUAUUCGAUUUUGUAAAUAAAUCAUGUAUAAAAUUGUUAAGGAAAUGUUCUUUGUAACAGAAAUAAAUUAGCUUUUCCACAAAUAAGUGCUUUUAUUUGUAUGCUUUGCUUAUCAGUAUAUAUAAAUAAUGUAAUAAUAAAUA